AUGAUUAUUUUUAUAUGUCUCAAAGUAUUCUUUAUAAUCUGUACAAUAGUAACUAUUCAUUAUUUACCAUUUUUUCAACAAAAUUCACUUCUACCUUCACGAUGUGUAUGUCGUAAUCAUUUAAAUCAAUCUGUCAAUUGGUUUAUUAUAUAUAAAUUACCACGUCUUGCACAUUCGAUUGAUCCAUUAAUUGUAAAUGGUACUGGUUAUAUUUAUUUAGAUAGUUCAUUAACAUUAGAUCAAUGGCAUUUAUCAUCUGAAAGUAUUACAUCAUCUUUAUCGUUAACUGGUUUAACAUUAGAAUCAUUACAUAAAUCAAAAGAUAAUUCAUUUAUAUUUUAUAAUGAUCAACCACCAAAUCAACCAUUUUCUCUUAUAUAUGGUCAUUCAAAAGGUGUUUUAGCUUUUGGAGAUAAAACACAAACUGGUUUUUGGCUUGUUCAUAGUGUACCUCAUUUUCCUCCAGUUAUUGAACAAGGCUAUGGAUAUCCAGAUUCAGGUCGUAUAUAUGGUCAAACAAUGUUAUGUGUAACAUUCAAUGCAUCGGCUUCUUUAUCUAAUAAUUCGAUUGAUUUACUAUCAACACAUUUUCUCUUUACACGACCAUUAGUAUAUACUUCAAGUUUAACAUUAUUAGCAACUCAACGUUAUUCUUUACUUGCUAAUGGUAUAAUUCCAGAUAAAAUCCAUAUAACAGAUCCACCGUAUACUUACUUUCAUUUAUUAAAAACAUUUUCAUUUGAAAUUUUAACAUUUGCUAAAUAUGGUUUAGCUAAUAUUGAUAUGUUAAGUGAAUUUAUUGUACCAUCACUUCGUACAUCAAUGUUAAGUGAAACAUGGUCAAAUGGUGGAGAAAUAAAUUUACCUUCGAAUUGUACUGGUGAAUAUUAUACAGAAAAUAUUGAAAAACUUUCAUUUAAUUUUACUGUUCAUAAUGAUCAUUCCAAAUGGCUUGUUAGCCGAAAUCAUACAUGGACUUGUAUUGGUGAUAUGAAUAGACAAAUUGAUCAAAAAAUCAGACAUGGUGGUUUUGCUUGUAUUAAUAAUAAAGAUAUUCAACAAAGAUUUAAACGAUUAGUACUACAGAUUGAACCAUGUCCGAUUAAAAGAUAA